CUUCCGCUCCGUGGUGACCACACAAGAGAAGCGGCCCCCCGGGGACAUGGUGUUUGAGACUCCGGGCUUGCGGACCACCAGAUCCUUCGAGGCUCCCAGCGCACCGGAAGCGACCCGUUGCCGCUUCAGACGAGAUCGCCGCCGCGCCCACGACCCAGCGAGAGCCGCGGCGGCCGCCGGAGAGGUUCGAAAAAAUGGCCAAAAGAAUUGCCGAGAAGGAGCUGACAGAUAGGAACUGGGAUCAAGAAGAUGAAGCUGAAGAGCUGGGGACCUUCUCCGUGGCCAGCGAGGAAGUGCUGAAGACCAGAGCCAUAAAGAAGGCCAAGCGAAGAAACGUGGGAUUCGAAUCCGACGGCGGAGGCGCCUUUAAGGGCUUUAAAGGUCUGGUCGUGCCUUCCGGAGGAGCAGGCUUUUCUGCAUUCGGCGGGAAGCCCCUGGAGGGCCUGGCCAACGGCACCAGCGUAGGCACCAGCACCGCGGGGGCGACGGAGCCCAGGGCCACCUUCGGUACUUUUGCUGCAAAUGGCCCCAUUGCCGUGGUGGACAAAACUGUUGCCAGCCCCAAAGCUGACAGCGACAGCCAGCAGCCCUCCUGCAGCCUCGCCCCUGGCCAGGCCUGCCCUGGGAACGCCUGUCACAAGCAGCUGGCCGCCCUGAAUUGCUCGGUGCGGGACUGGAUUGUGCAGCACGUGGACGCCAACCCCGUCUGCGACCUCACGCCAGUCUUUAAGGACUACGAGCGAUACCUGGCGGGCAUCGGGCAGCAGAGCCCAGGUCGGGCCGGUGGCGGCUCCGAGAGCCGGGGCAGCGGGAUGAGCGUGGAGCUGCAGCCUGCCGCCCUGGCGGAUUCGGCGCCACUGCCGCAGGAGCCGGCCUUUCUGUUCAGCGGCCGCGGCCAGGACGCCCCCGAGAAGAAGGCGGAGGUGGCCUCCGAAAGGAGGGCGGACCCUGUGCAGGCGGCCAGCGCCGCAUUUCACUUCGGCAAGAAGCUGGACAGCUCGGUUCUAGGCUCCCUGAGCCCUGCUCCCCCCGCCGGCUUUUCAUUUACCUCGGGGACCACUGGUUUAUUCGGCAAAGAUGUCACCCCAGGCAAAGCGGCCACCCCGCCGUUUCCCACUAAGACGCUGGAGAGCCCAGCCGCAGGUGGGGGCAGCGAGAGCAAAGGUGGAGAUGAAGAAGAGAGCGAGGAGCCACCCAAGGUCGUGGUCACCGAGGUGAAGGAAGAGGACGCCUUCUACUCCAAAAAGUGUAAGCUGUUUUACAAGAAAGACAAUGAGUUUAAGGAGAAGGGUGUGGGCACCCUGCACUUAAAGCCCACGGCGAGUCAGAAGACGCAGCUCUUGGUGCGGGCCGACACCAACCUAGGGAACAUCCUGCUCAACGUGCUCGUCCCGCCCAACAUGCCGUGCUCGCGCACGGGCAAGAACAACGUCCUGAUUGUGUGCGUCCCGAACCCCCCGCUGGACGAGAAGAGCGCCGGGGCCCCCGCCACCAUGCUGAUCCGGGUGAAGACCAGCGAGGACGCGGACGAGCUGCACAGGGUCUUGCUGGAGAAGAAGGAAGCCUGAGCCGGCAGCGCGGGUCGCCACGCCGCUGCCCCGCCGCCCGAAGCUUUGCUCUGCUUCAGCCUCCCAAGGACUUCUCGGGAACCUAAAACUUCUGGGAGGAAGCUUAGGCCAAUAAAACCCUUUCUGUGUUCAGUGUCAACAGACUGUCUGCUCCCUCCGCAGGACUAAGGCGCACAAUAUAUUUGAAUGAGAGUUUUUGGAAGAUUUUGUACCGUUAAUUUGUUUGUUAACCUCGCCCUGAGUGAUGUCUUAAUGGACUGCAGUCAGGGUAUCCGUGUGCUCUCCCGGAGGCCACGCUGCCCGCCACAGUGUCGCAGAGACCAGAAGACAGCGCCAUGUGGCCUCCCGCCGCCCGCCACCAGCACUCUUACCAAAGGCACCGAGCUGCCACACUGUGACCGAGACGUCUCUCUCUACGUCCCUUGUUCCGUUUGGCUGCUGAGCUGGAAGGUGGGCCUCGGGCGUGCGCCCCCGCUCUGUGCACCGUGGCCUCCAACCCUGGGCACUGCCUGCGGUGGCUGCCCAGCAGCUGCCUUUUCGUUUCAGGAGGCAGCGCUCACCCGCCAAGGAGGUCCCGGGCGUCGCAGGUUGGGUGUCGCAGCUUUCUGUUCAUGAGGUGCUGUUACUUCUCUCUGUCCCAGAGAAGGGGAGUGGGCCAAAAAGCACAAAUGUUGAUCACUUCUAGACUGUGGCAGUGACCGUCUGCGGAGGAAGAACAGGGCAAGCGUGGCCGAGCUUCUGAGGACGCUUGGCUGGGGCCACGUAGUACACACGAGCCCUGUAGAUGUGACAGCUGCACGGGCGCUCGCCUGCAGAGUGGUGGAAGAGAAUUCUUCGGGGUUCGCCUCUAGGGUUAGACCACAGGGUAUUACACCGUGCCAUCUGAAAUACCCUUUUGUAAAGACAAAGGUGUCCACUUGGAAGGGAGCUGUGGCUAGGCAGGAGAGUGUCCUGGUGUCCUCCGCGCAGCUGUCCGGUGAUGGCUGUGGCACCUGGGGAGACAGGCACAUGACCACCGUGCGGGAAUUCAUGGGCGAAGUCCCGCUUUGUCCCCAUGAGUCCUGUCGUGCUGGUGACAUGCUCCUGGCUAUGCCUGGUGGCCAUCAUUUGUCUGCUCCUUCACAGUGUGGCCUGGUGACGCCUCAGUGCAGGUGCAGGUUCUAGGGGUGAAGCACCGAGCUCUGAGGCUGGAGCGCUGAGGUCCUGGGAGUCCGCGGAGCUCUGCAGCUUCUGGCCCCGGGGGAGAGGCUGGCGCUCUCCUGGCCGGGGUCCCACAGCCUCGGGAGGAAGCCGCUGUUGGUUUUGCAUUUCUGUUUUAGAUCCGAGGGUGUUGGCAAGUUUUUGUUACAGACGCUUUAUGCAAGUGGUUGGUGGUAAACUAACACUGGCCUUGCCCUGUCCCCAUACAGGGUCAUCCAGCUUUUUAAACAGAAAGCAGGACGAAGGGGAACCGGUUUCAGAAGGCUGAGUUUGCCCCAGGUUCCCGAGGCAGCGACCUGCUAGGAGCUCUGUGCCAGGCGACGCUCGUUAGCACCGCCCCGUAGUUUGGGUUUAAAUCAGUGGGUGAGGGGAGCUUUUUUCCUAACAUUCCCAGCAAGUUUUUGCUGCUAAGACUAUCACUGUUAAAGUGAAAAUUACAGGGAAAAACGUUGUAUUUUCAUAACUCUUUCAUGCUUUAGGAACUUGUUGGUCUGUGUUUGUGUAAAGGAACCUGCGUGGCUUUUACUGUGAACGCAGACUCCUUGUGUGCGUUUGCGGGAAGGCAGGGCCCCUGGAGGGCUCACCUGUUCCCUGUGGUGUUGGGAGCUAAUUCUAAUCCAUGGGUGGUUUUAGUUCAAUUUAUUUUUAACAAAAUGUUAGGAAUCAGGCUUUAGAAUGUUUAAUGUGGACUGAGGUUUUCACCUUUAGUUUGAAAAUCUGUAAGUAGUAUCACACACUUGGCCUAAGGGGAGGUGCGUGGGUUUUUUUGCAUUGUAACUCCAGUUGCAUCUUGACAAGCGCUGAGUCCCCCGUGGCUUUGUAGUUUUUCACACUGACAUGUGCAUCUCAGCCUUUGGGUUUUCUGCACCUCCUGUGACGCAGAGGACAGUGUUCCCUGCCUUCCCUCCCGGGACUGCGCACGGGGCUGUCCAUGGUGCUUGGCGUGGCUUGGUCCUGUAGGGUUUGCUUUUUCGGUCCUGGGGAUGAGCCUCGGGCCUCGUGCACACAGGCAGCACUCUCCCCCUGCGCCACAUUCCCGGCCCUUUCAAACUUUGGCCGCGUUUCCCAGGCUGGCCUCGAACUGGCGGUCCUGCCUGCGCUUCCCGGGCAGCUGGGGUUACAGGCGUGCACCACCCCGCCUGGCCAGCAGGUCCAGUUUUUAAAGAAUUUUAAAUUGUGUUUUACAUGAAGGGAAAAGUCUGGCCAUUCAUGGGCCGAUUUUCUUCAGGAGGAUUAUUUUAUUCUGUAAUUUUACUGUUCAGUUGUGUCUUUUUAUGCUGCAUGCCAAAAAAAAAAAAAAAUCUACCUGUUCUGGGGUGAAGAACUCUUUCACCCUACUCUUCGCAGCUCCGCACAGGUUUACACCGCGGGCCUGUUCACUGUGGGUUCCGGGGACACAUCUGUCCCGGAGCAGUUGCCAGCAGCUCCAGUAUUUCCAGUCUCAGCCCAAGCGCAAGGCAUCUCAAGGCCGCUUUUUUCUUUUUUCUUUUUUUUUUUUUUUUUGGUGGUACCCGCAGUGGCGGAACCCAGGGCCGGGUGCGCCAGGCCAGCCCUUCCCACCAAGUCUCCCCCGCCCCACUGCAGGCUUCGCCCCGUGUGCUCGGUGCUCAGCACACGCACGCACACGCAGCCCUGGGCUCUCCUGCCGCCGGCGGCUUGCGUGGCGCCUGGGUCAGCAGCGCUGCCCGUCCCGCCUCCCUCCCAGCACGCACAGCCACACGGGCGCUUGGCCGGCCACUCGGGACGCAGACAGCACUGCAGGGGAGCUGUCACACAGGGGAGCGUCACGUGGAGAAACUGUUUGCUUUGGACUUUAAAUAGGAAACUUUUCUAUAGCUCAGAUACUUGAAUUGUCAGACAGUAUCAUGUCGGUUUGUACCAGUUUCUGAACGAUCCCUUGGAGGAAGUGUAACAGCCCAUGAAAUGUGAAUAAACGGGAGUAAACGGAA